AACGAAGAUACUAUUGCAGUGUUUGAGUUUUUAGUACCAGGACUUAAAUUACCCAAACGUAAAGUUAUAGGUGGCAGAGUAUUAAUGAAUAGUUCGAAAUUGUUGCAAGAUAACAUAAUUAAAACUGCAAAGAAUGAUACGGACGGGGUGACCGCAACAUUUGACGGCUGGACCAAUGUAAAGCAAGAACAUAUUUGGGGCGUUGUUUUUAUAACCACGAACGGACAAUCUUUAAUAUGGGGCGCGCAUGAUAUUAGCUCUGAAAGAUCACAAACACAGAAUGUAAUCAAUCAUAUUGAACAAUUAAUAGCUGAAACUGAAGAGAAAAACAUAAAUAUAAAGGCAUUCGUUUCAGAUUCCGCUG